GUUUAUUACACCCACUGCCACUUUCAUGCCCUAACUCUCCUUAAGUAGCCCUACUUCCUUAACAAUUUCUCCCCACAUUCUCUGUGUAACCAUUUGUUUCUACUCGUUCCUCUUCCAAUAGUCAAAAUGUCUCCCCUCAGCUCCGCCGCCGCAGCAUUUGCCGUCGGAUCCUUUUUCAUAGCCCUAAUUGCGCCGGCGGCAGCCCGCAUUCCUGGCGUCUACAUCGGCGGGACAUGGAACCAGGCGCACGCAACAUUUUAUGGUGGAAGCGACGCCUCCGGCACCAUGGGCGGGGCGUGCGGCUACGGGAACCUUUACAGCCAGGGAUACGGCGUGCAGACGGCAGCGCUUAGCACUGCACUGUUCGACAAUGGUCAGAGCUGCGGAGCUUGUUUUGAGAUCAAGUGUGCUGAAGAUCCUCAAUGGUGUCACGCAGGGAGCCCCUCCAUCUUCGUUACGGCGACCAAUUUCUGCCCCCCUAACUACGCUCUGCCCUCUGAUAAUGGCGGAUGGUGCAACCCGCCACGUCCCCACUUUGAUCUCGCCAUGCCAAUGUUCCUUAAGAUCGCUGAGUACCGUGCCGGCAUUGUUCCGGUGAACUUCCGCCGGGUACCGUGCAGGAAGGCCGGGGGGAUUCGUUUUACCAUUAACGGGUUCAGAUACUUCAACCUUGUGCUUAUCACGAACGUGGCGGGCGCCGGCGACAUCAUUAGGGCUAGUGUGAAGGGUUCGAACACGGCGUGGAUGCCAAUGACCCGCAACUGGGGCCAGAACUGGCAAUCCAACUCCGUCUUGGUUGGCCAAUCACUCUCCUUCCGUGUCACCGGCAGCGAUGGCCGCACCUCCACCUCCUGGAACAUCGUCCCCGCCAAUUGGCAGUUCGGCCAGACUUUUUCCGGCAAGAACUUCCACUUCUGAUUUCCUCUUAUUUGUCAUGAACACUCCCCUCUUUGGUUUCCGUCUUUCUGUUUUUUUGUUUUUGGAAGUGAAGUGAGAGAGGUGGUGUUUCGUGUGAAAGGACACUCUUUUUUUGACUAAUGGUUACUGGGUUAGAGAGAGACCAAGUAGUGUGAUGGGUUUGCAGCGGCUGAAGUGGCUGCAUAUGCCGUAAAAAAGGGAUUUUGUAGCCCGCAGCUGCCAUAACUAUCUUUUCUAUGUUUUCCAUCUAUAUAUAAACAUGCUAAAACUUAUAUA